AUGGCCACCCUCACACAGCAGCCCGCCGCGGUCCCCCUCGACGUCUUUCCCGAUGGGCUCAAGACCACCGGCCAACAUGCUCCCCUCUACGACCAUCUCGUGCCUUUUGAGAAGUUCCCCAAGAAGAUCGAGGGUCCCACCGUCUGGGAUCCCGAGGACUACCGCAACACCCCCGAGCGUUGGACCCAUCGAUUUUCCCCGGAGGAGAUCGAGGAGCUGAGCGUCGCCAGCGAUAACUUCCUGAACAAUAAGAUUCCGUUGACCGGAAUCUCCAAGUCCAACUUCCCCCUCCCCAACCUCGCCGGCCAUCUCGAUCAACUCCGCGCCGAUCUCGUCGACGGCAAAGGCUUCAUCCUCUUCAAGGGCUUCCCUGUCGAGAAAUGGGGCAACCACAAGUCCGCCGUCGCCUACAUGGGUCUCGGCACCUACCUGGGCUACUUCGUCAGCCAGAACAGCCGCGGCCACGUGCUGGGCCACGUCAAGGACGUGGGUGACGACCCCACCCAGAUCGACUCGGUCCGCAUCUACCGCACCAACGCCCGCCAGUUCUUCCACGCCGACGACUCCGACGUCGUCGGCCUGCUGUGUAUCGCCCGCGCCCUCGAGGGCGGCGAGAGCGACAUCGCCUCCUCCCACCUCGUCUACAACACCCUGGCCGCCGAGCGGCCCGACGUGCUCAAGACCCUGACCGACCCCAUCUGGUACUUCGACCGCAAGGGCGAGACCUCCACCGGCCAGGACGAGUACAUCCGCACCAGCGUCAUCUACAUGGAGCGCGACGACGGCAACGCCGCCAAGCCGCCGCGCGUCUACACCAAGUGGGACCCCUACUACGUGCGGUCGCUGACGCGCUUCUCCGACGCGGGCGUCAUCCCGCCGCUGUCGGCCGCCCAGGUCGAGGCCCUCGAGGUGCUGGAGGCCACCUGCAACCGCCUCUCCCUGCACAUGAUCCUCGAGGUCGGCGACAUCCAGUUCCUCUCCAACUCGCACGUCUUGCACGCCCGCACCGCCUACACCGACCACGCCCCGCCCACCCCGCGCCGCCACCUCAUGCGUCUGUGGCUGGCCACCCCGGAGCACGAGGGGGGAUGGCGUCUGCCGUUCUGGGAUAGUAAUGAGAAGAAGCGGGGUGGUAUCCAGGUUGACGACCAGGCGCCUGUGGCGCCGCUGGAUGCGGAGUAA